AUCGUCUCCUGUCCAUCGCCUCCACCAAGCCGGGCGUCUCCAGAGCAGAACCUCCCCGCCCCAGUCCCAGCCAUGGAUGUCCAGCACGACCCGUCGCCGCACCAUGUCCUGGCCUCUGCGGCCGCAAAGUCCGUGUCGCUCUGGAAGCUCAAGACCGAGUAUUCCGAUGCCGAGGUCCCGUACUCGCGGAUCCACCCGAAUCUCUGCGGUAGCACCACCCCGGGGCAAAUCAACGCCAUGGCCUUCUCGAGCGAUCUCGGUCUUCUCGCAACCGCCUCCUCCAACAACACCAUGUCGAUCUACGAUGUCACCCGCAGCCAGCUCUUGCGGGUGAUCGAGGGCCCCACUCCCAGAUCCAGCACUCAAGUGCCAGAAAUCAAGGCUCUCGCCUUUGCCUCGCAGCCCGAGCACUCCUCGCGGCUGCUCUUCUUUGGUGGCUCCACCCGGACCGUCCACUGCUACGAUCUGAAGGAGAACCAUGUGCUGAAACACUCGUUCUCGGGCACGAUGAAGGGCUCUGUCGAGUGCAUAGCCGUCAGUGCAGACGAUACCAAGAUCACCUGUGGUGGCGAACACGGCCAAGUCUGGAUACACUCAACAAGGUCCAUGAACGGCGCAGAGCUGGAGACCAAGUUCAAGCAGACUGUCAACGACAUUGCCUUCUAUCCCUUCCGAAAAUCCAUCGUCACGGCAGCUGGUGACGACGGCAUCGUGUCUGUCUGGGACAUCAACCAUUCCAAAGCCCCGCUCGAUCGCAAGAUUGAUCCGCACAACGGUCCCAUCCGGGCCAUCGCCUUCUCUCCAGUCAACAAGAUGAUGUUUGUUACCGUAGGCAUGGACAAGAAAAUCAAGAUGAGCGAUUUCCUGGCAAAGAGUGGCGCGCCUCCUGUUGUCGAGUAUCAGGCAGAAAGUGGCCUGACCUCCGUAGCGAUCUCGGGCGCAAACCAGGUUGCUGUCGGAACGACGCAAGGGCGAGUGUUGAUCUACGACAUCCGCUACAAGGGAUUGCUUUGCAGCUUCACUCCCAACGAUGGCGAACCUGUCCAUCAGCUUGCCUUUUGCCCCAAGCCCAGCUCCAACAAGGACCUGCCCGCAUAUCUCCAGCCCAUCCGAAGCAACAGCAGCCACGAGCUGUCGGAGCACCAGACCGCACAACCCUCGACGCUCCCACAAGCCGGCUUGAGUCCAGGCGUUGGCGGCGAAGUCGUCCGUAAUGAGCCGUACACCCCCGUUACGAAGCAAAAGAACUUUAUGGAAAUGUUCAGUCCCGUCAACCCUAAAAUCGACAAGUUCGAGCCUGGGAAGCAAACGGACCAAGUAGAUGUUAGUCCCACACCAAAGCCCGCAGGAGUCGCUCUGUACGAUGGCGACACCGAUAGAGAGCAAGCCCCGCCUGCAGUCGCGGAUCCCCUCAAUGCCAUGUUUUCGCCCGCCAACCCGCGCCGAGCCUCCAAAGCUGCCGAGCCGCGAAAGUCUCUCGUCCAUUCUCAUUCGGCACAAACUUUGGGCGAGCGUGGCCAGGGCUCGAGCUCGAACUCGGUGAGUGCACCUUCCCAGAGGCGACUCAGCACCGGCAAUCGCCUCGAGGACGGACGGGACAACGGAUUUGCACACGCGGACUCCGAUAUGCACCAACGGCUGCCCACGGACGAGGCCCAAGUCCCCCACGAUCCUCGAGAGACAGACAUGCAGUCGCUUGGCUCGAGGUUGUCGGCUUCUCGAGCGGUGAACGCCUCAUCUCUCGGCGCCCUCAACGAAAGGGGCCCGCGAAAGGAUGCAAAUGCAGGGCUUCCUGUGUCGCUCCCCGCAGUGGCGUCGUCGCCUGCAGUCUCCACAGUCGAUCCGAUCUCAGAGUCUGGCACUCGAUCGGCCGAACCUAGGACUCUGUCAAAUCCUCUGCAAUAUACAGAGGCCAGGCCACGGGGCUCAGAUGCCUCGCCAGCGGCAACUCUACGCGAUCCAGUGCAACAUCUCAAGUCUGACAUCAUGCAGAGGCUGGAAGAACGGGUCGCUGUCAACGACGGUCGGCAAGGGGACGAAAGGACUGCAUCCCGCCAGCAAAUCUCGGGCCCGCAGACAACCAAGGAAGGCACGGUGCUGUCCUUCAGCUCGCAGAUCCUCGAGAACGUGAUCGAGGACUGUCUCCAAAGCUUCCGGGUCCAGAUCAAGCAGGACCUCCAGAACAUGCAUCUUGAUAUGCUGGAUCAAUUUCGAAGCCAGCAGCGGGAGCUGGAGAAGAUGAUGAUGAAGUACUCGGGUGUGCAGGCGUUGAUUGCCGAGAAUGAGCGGCUGCGACGGGAGAACGAGCGCCUUAAAUGUGAUUACUUGUAGCUUCUGCCUGGAUUGUGUAAUCAACCCGCUCCAGCCUGCGCUCGCUCUCAUGCCAAGAACACCUGCGUACACAGUUGUGGUCCGUGUUCAUAUGGCAUCUCACGACGAAUGCCCGAUGCAAAUGCCCGAUGCAAAUGCCCGAUGCAA